GACCCCAGAGCCCCUGAUCCUGGCUUGAAACGGGGUGAGGGUUAGUGUCGGGUGAGACUUGUAGAUUGCCCUCGUGGACUUAAGUGUCCUGAAUGAGAAGCAUUCCGCACGGCUCCGCGGCAGGUAGAGGUGUAGCUGGUCGACCCCUCUCUGCCCCGCGUCCCAAGUAAACAGCGGCACGUGGACGUGGGAUUUGGGGGACGUGUCCACGUCCCACCCCAGCAGGACUGCAGCGCGUGGGGUGGCGGGUGGAGCCGCGGGACGGUGGCGAGACAGGGUGACUGGACUGCAUUCCUGGCCGGUGUGUCAGCGUCGCGGCCCACCCCCUCUGCGGAGAUUUUGGAGACUCCUCCAGAAUUGGGGUGCCUUCUUCUGAGGCUUUUGAGAACAGAGGGAGCCAAGCCUACGAAGGGGUGUUCCCUCCGCCAGGAAUCUUCAGACUAUGUGUCCCCCUCGCGCGUGGGCGAGAAACUCUGCGGCUCGCCUUUUGUGGGCUUCAAGACUCCAAUUCCCAGAUGACUCGAAGGUGGCUGGCGAUGGACGUCGGUCAGGAGUGUUGCUGGGGAUUGUAGUCCAGCUUGUUGCUAGGCACGCCAGUGAAUCGCCAAUGCUGUGAUGUUGUUUUUGAGACAAGGUCUCUUUAUGUAGUCCAGGCUAGCUUGGAACCCGCUAUAUAGACCAGGAUGGCCUUGAACUGCGCCUGUCUCUGCCUUCUAAGUGCUAGGAUUAGAAGUCCAUUAUUUUUGUUUUUUGUUUUAUUUAGACAGAUAACCCGGGUGUUGGAGUCCUGAUUAAAGUGGGUCCUUUUCUCGCCAUAGUAUUGGGUCGUGUGAAUUUCUCCGCGUCUCCCAUCUCCUUGUUAAGUGUCCAAAUCUUCACUCAGGCAAGGGGAAACUGAGCCUGGAGGAGUGGGAAAAGGCUUAGGAGUUCUUCCCUUGUAUCCAUAGUGAGGUGAGAGGCUAAACUCUCGUGCAUUUCGCCGUCCAGGACGCCCACGAUCUUCUGGACCUAGUUCUGGCUGACUGUCAAAUGGAUCGCGCCUGACUCCAAAUGGAAAUGUCCCUGGCAGCGCUCCGCCCACUCGGGACUACAAAUCCCAAGGUGCUCUAGGCAACCGCAGCUCCCCCUCCUCUGUGGGACACGCCUCCCUCCAGUCAGAGUCACGUCGUCUAACCUGUUCCCGGGAGACUGCCCCGCCCCGUCCUCCGCUCCCCGCCGCUGGAGCUGGAGCCGGAGCCCGAGGAAAAGCCCCCCGGUGCCAGGAUCUGCCCCGACGCGCACCCUGCUCCGGCCGGCACCAUGGACAGCGAGGCAUUCCAACAGGCGAGGGACCUUCUGGAUCUGAACUUCCAGUCGCUGGCCAUGAAGCACAUGGAUCUGAAACAGAUGGAGCUGGACACCGCUGCUGCCAAAGUGGACGAAUUAACCAAGCAGUUGGAGUCGUUGUGGUCAGACUCGCCAGCUCCUCCUGGCACACAGGCUGGAGUUCCCUCUAGGAUGUCCCGGUACAGCACCAGCCCUGUCCCGGAGCAUUUUGGCAGCAGAGGGUCCCUACAGAAGAUAGCCGCCGAUGGCGUAGAGGCCCGUUUUGGACGCUCAGAGAGUGCCCCGUCCCUGCACCCUUACAGCCCUCUGUCUCCCAAGGGCCGUCCGUCCUCGCCGCGCACCUCCAUCUACCUGCAGCCUACAACACCUGACCCCUACAGCAGCCUGGAUCGGGCGCCAUCGCCCAGACCCCGCGCCUUCGACGGAGCAGGCAGUCCCCAUGGUCGGGCGCCGUCCCCGCGGCCGGGGACUGGCCCAGUGCGGCAGCCGGGUCCCCCGACCCCUUUUGACUACCUAGGACGCGCAGGGUCCCCCCGGGGCAGCCCUCUAGCAGAGGGACCCCAGGCCUUCUUCCCGGAGCGAGGACCUUCCCCACGCCCGCCCGCUGCAGCCUAUGACACAUCGGGGAGCCCUCUGCUGGGCGCGGGUGGCAGUGCCUUCGCCCCGCCACUUCGCGCACAAGAUGACUCGACGCUGCGCCGGAGGCCCCCGAAAGCCUGGAACGAGUCUGACCUGGAUGUAGCCUACGAGAAAAAGUCUUCACAGACAGCAAGCUAUGAACGGCUGGAUGUCUUUACGCGGCCUGCCUCGCCAGGCCUGCAGCUCUUACCCUGGAGAGAGAGCAGCCUGGAUGGGCUGGGGGCCAGUGGCAAGGACAACAUCACCAGUGCCACAUUGCCACGCAACUACAAGGUGUCCCCUCUGGCCAGUGACAGGCGUUCUGACGUUGGCAGCUACCGCCGCUCCAUGGGCUCUGCAGGGCCCUCAGGCACUUUGCCCCGUAGCUGGCAGCCCGUCAGCCGCAUUCCCAUGCCUCCCUCCAGCCCUCAGCCUCGCAGUACCCCGCGCCAGCGCCCCAUCCCCCUCAGUAUGAUCUUUAAACUCCAGAAUGCUUUCUGGGAACAUGGAGCCAGCAGGGCUGUGCUCCCGGGAUCCCCCAUCUUCUCCCGAGCACCCCCACCUAAGCUGCCUCCCCAGCCACCCCCUCAGCCACAGCUGCUACCCCAACCCCAACCUCAGAUGCCCCCCCAGUCCCAGCCUCAGCCUCAGACUCCAGGACCUCAGCAGACUUGGUCCCCCAUGAAUGAAGGCCUCCUCAAACCCCCUGCCGAGCUGGAGCCAGAGCCCGAGCUGGAGGGACUACUGGCUCCCGUGCUGGAGUCUGGGGAUGCAGAUGAAGGCACCGUCACGAGGCCCCUCAGCCCUACCAGGCUGCAGCCAGCGCUGCCACCCGAAGCACAGACCGUACCUGAGCUGGAAGAGGUGGCCCGAGUGCUGGCAGAGAUUCCUCGACCCCUCAAACGCAGAGGCUCCAUGGAGCAGAGCCCUGCUGCCGCCCUGCCUCCCACCCACAAGAAACAGUACCAACAGAUCAUCAAUAGACUCUUCCAUCGUCAUGGUGGCCCAGGGCCUGGAGGGCCUGAGCCUGAGCUGUCUACAAUUACAGAGGGAUCUGAGGCCAGGGCAGGGCCCCCUGCUCCCGCCCCUCCAGCUCCUAUCCCACCCCCAGCCCCAGCCCAGAGCAACCCUCCAGAGCAGCCUCAGAGCAUGGAGAUGCGCUCAGUACUGCGCAAAGUAGGGUCCCCACGCAAGGCUCGGCGCGCUCGCCUCAACCCACUGGUGCUGCUGUUGGAUGCAGCGCUGACUGGAGAGCUGGACGUGGUACAGCAGGCGGUGAAGGAGAUGAAUGACCCAAGCCAGCCCAACGAGGAGGGCAUCACCGCCCUGCACAAUGCCAUCUGCGGUGCCAACUACCCCAUCGUGGACUUCCUCAUCGCCGCGGGCGCCAAUGUCAACUCCCCUGACAGCCAUGGCUGGACGCCACUGCAUUGUGCCGCUUCCUGCAACGACACUGCCAUCUGCACGGCACUGGUGCAGCACGGUGCGGCCAUCUUCGCCACUACACUCAGCGAUGGUGCCACCGCCAUUGAAAAGUGUGACCCUUAUCGUGAGGGAUACGCAGACUGUGCUACCUAUCUGGCAGACGUCGAACAAAGCAUGGGACUGAUGCACAAUGGCGUUGUGUAUGCGCUCUGGGACUACAGCGCAGAGUUUGGGGAUGAGCUGUCCUUCCGGGAGGGCGAGUCAGUCACUGUGCUGCGGAGAGACGGGCCAGAGGAGACCGACUGGUGGUGGGCGGCACUGCACGGUCAGGAAGGCUAUGUGCCGCGCAACUACUUCGGGCUCUUCCCUAGAGUGAAGUCUCAGCGGAGCAAAAUCUAGUAGGAAUGAAGGAUGAUCGUAAAGGAGAAAAGUGCACCGCCAGCCUGCCUUCCACCCAGACCUGCCCGAUCCAUCUAACUAAUCUGCCGCUAUUCUCCAGAGGGGUUCUGCCUGCACCGGAAAUUCUCUGCUCAAGGGCGGCUCAAGGGAGGGCAGCCCCAGACUGAAGAUUACGAAGCUGCCUUAAGCAUUGGGGUGAGGUGGAGCUGGGGACAUUUGGGGGCAGGAACUCCCACCCCGCCCCCAACACACACACACUUGCCAAAUCAGAUCUGGUUCUAAGUGCCUCCUACUGGCAGCAAGCCACUGCACUAUCCCAGCUGAGCCUGGGAGGCUACCCAACCCUUCUCUCUGAGUCCUUUCUUCCUCUCACCUGGAAGUCCCCGUUCUUCCCAGCAGCCUCCAUUCCUCCCAGAAGCCUUGGGGCCUGUGUGAGGCCCCCAUUUCCCCAACCAAGUGCCUUCACACCAUGUGGCUUACUGUUUAUAAUGACGCGGAAACUGUUUCCUUUAUAAAUAAAGGUCGUUUGCCCAGCAA